UCCAGACACUUGCUUCCCAGUUCCCAACGUCGCUCUUCUUCCUCGUCCUCCUCUUCUUUUUCUUCUUCUUCGCAGUGUGGAAUUAUCAAACAACACAAAGAUGGGGGUGAAAAAUCUAUGGGACAUCAUAGAAUCCUGCAAGAAAACUAUCCCUCUUCACCAUCUCCAGAAUAAGAGGGUAUCCAUAGAUUUAUCGUGUUGGAUGGUUCAACUUCAAAAUGUCAACAAGUCGCACUGUUCUCUCAAGGACAAGCUUUACAUCAAGGGUCUCUUUCACCGUCUCAGAGCCCUCAUUGCUUUGAACUGCACCCUCAUCUUUGUCACUGAUGGAUCAAUUCCUGCUAUCAAGUUAUCAACUUACAGAAGGCGCUUAAAGUCAGGGACUGAGACUCUGCAGGAUGAAAUAAAUUUGAAUAAUACAUCUUCACUUCGAAGAAAUAUGGGAUCUGAGUUUUCCUGUAUGAUAAAAGAGGCCAAGCUCCUUGGCAUGGCACUUGAGGUUCCUUGCUUAGAUGGGGUCGAGGAAGCUGAAGCUCAGUGUGCUUUGUUAAACUCAGAAUCAUUGUGUGAUGGAUGUUUCACUUCAGAUUCUGAUGUCUUCCUAUUUGGCGCGAGGACAGUUUACAGAGAUAUAUGUCUUGGGGAAGGCGGCUUUGUUGUUUGUUAUGAAAUGGCUGAUAUUGAGAGAGAACUUGGAUUUGGAAGAAAUUCUUUGAUUACACUGUCUGUUCUUCUUGGCAGUGAUUACUCUCCAGGAGUUCGGGGGCUUGGUCCAGAGUCAGCAUGCCGAAUAGUUGAGUCAAUCGGUGAUAAAGGUGUUCUUCAACGAAUUGCUUUAGAAGGAUUGUCAUUUGCAAGAAAGGGUUCAAGGAAACAGGGGUGCAGUCGCAGAUGCAAUCAUAAAGAAAAUGAGUCAGAUCGUCAACUUAACAUCAAUGGAAGUGAACGGGAUUUACAAGGGGAAAAGCAUUUCCAGCAAGUUGUUGGUGCAUAUUUGAAGCCAAAGUGCCAUUCUGCUGACUCUGAGGCUGUGCAUGGAAGCAAUAUUAAGGAACAAAGAUGUAGCAAAAGUUGAUCUGUUAAAUCAAAGCCUGUUGUGCCCUGCAGACUCAGGACGCCAAAUAAAGCAGAACAUUGCCUCCGGUAGCUGCUCCACAGUUUCAAGUGCUCCGCAACUGAGGUCAUCGAUCUCUUGAGCCCUUCCCCACCGCAGCAUUGCCUCUUGGUGUCAAAAAUGGUGACAGUCUGGUCUUGAAUGUUGUAUCGAUGUCAUUGACUCGAGUGAAUCGAAACUGAAGGGUCUGCUGAUCAUGCCAAGAAGUCAAGAGAGUUGAGAUUGUUCUUAGCUAGCAUCAGAGAAGACCUUAAGUGACAAAUGAAUGGAAACUUUUAUGGCAUAAGGCCAUCAUGUGUUUAUUUUCCUGUUAUGGUGGGAUGAUUGUUGAAAACCCCACUUUCCUGUUACUGAAGCCUAAACAAAAGGAGAAAUUUCAUACUUGGUUAUUAAACAUCUUCGGCAGAAGAUGUACAUUACAUCUAUCAAAUCUACAGAGUUUUAACAUCGACGGCCAUAACUGGAUGAAACAAACAACCAUACAAACAAUCUCCAGCGAGUGCAUAUCCCCAUUGAAACAAAAAAAAGAAAAAAAAAAAGAAAAGAAGAUGAUGGUCUAAACUCACCGUAUAGAAUCAACAAUGUUCAUGCACAUUUUCUCCAAGUGCCACACGGGCAUUCUUCUCCAAGAAACUCAUGCAUCCCAGCUUCAUUUCUCAUCUAGGAAGGUAAAAGGUUGAGCCUCGUCUGUUUUGAUCAAAAAUGGUUUGCGGGAAUUCAGAUGUCUGACUGAUAUGGAACUGUGGAGAUGGCCUCCGAGUUGGUGUGGCAAAAUAUGGUAGGAAUUGGGACCCAGGGUAGUCAGGAUCACCAGGAAAUUGUGAUGGCAAGCAAUGGGAUGCAGAGGUGGUCGAGCUGGAAGCUCCGUGAGAGGAUGCUGAGUUGCUUGCAGUUGGAGGUUUCAAACUCGCGUGGCACGAGACAAGUGGGGGGAUACCAAUGGCUUGACCUUCAAGAAGGUGAUUGUCAUGUCCGAAUGGGAUGGAGGAAGGCAUGCUGAAGCCCUCACUUAUUCUGGGAAAGGAGCCUUGUGGCUCAGGCUGGGCUGAUCCAAAUGGGCCAGGCCAAGCCGUCUGGUUGGUGAGACAGGUAGAAAAAACUGGCGGCCCAGGAUGCACUGGAAAGUGGCUUAAUGCAGGCAAUCCUGUUUGUGGUGGUGGUGGACGGCCAGCCACCCUUACUGCUAGUAUUUUCCCCUCCAUUUUGCGCCCAUUCAUAUGGGUCACUGCCAUGGCAGCAUCAGUGGGACUUUCAAAAUUAACAAACCCAUAACCUUUACUGAGACCACUGCUGAAAUCUUUAAUCACUUUCACGUCAAUGAUCUUGCCAAAUGGACAAAAGAGCUCUCUCAACCUACCAUCAUCAAAAUCCUGAGGAAGAUAACCAACGUAAAGGCUCGCAUCAUGGCUUUCUUUGUUGAGUUUGCUUCUUGCCUUUGGAAUUGAACCAGCCCCAAGCUCAGAAGAAUGACACAAAACGUUAGCAUCCUGCGGUGAAGCCAUCAAGGGACAACCAAAGGCUGGAUGGCAAAAGCUUCCACAAGUUGAACAAGCAGUCAUCAUUUUAAAGGUUGACUGCGGCUGCUGAGGGCAGACAUACUGUUUGUGCCCUUCCUCCUUGCACACGUUGCAGUAGUUCUCACCUUUGUAUGUUCCAUUUAGUUUUGCAAGCUCCUGCAGUUGGGCUCGUUUGCGAUCACUCAUUCCAUCUACCGGAAUUAGCAUUUUCUCAACCAUUCCUACAGCUGCAUCCAAAGACUUCUGGUUAAGUGCCUCUAUAUAGACAUGCAAGUCUUCAUCGUCUUCUGGUCUCACUGAUUUUCUCUGGGAGCCUCUACCCCGCAGUAGAAUCUUAGCACCAGUUUUCUUCUCCAUUCUCUUUAGCGUGUUUCCCCUUGGACCAAUUAUAUAACCAAUAAAGUUGUACUCA